AUGUUCCUUGACAAUACGCAGCCUCCCACCCACCUGCCUGGAAAGCCGGCGCCGGCCCAAGACGCUCAGCUGCCACGCGGAGAAUGUACCUUCAUCCUCUCGUCUCCGGCCGACAAUGGCGCCCGCCAGCGCUGCUCCUGCCGCUGCUUCUAUCCGGACUCCAUGGUCCGCUCGCUCUGCGGCUGUGGGCACCAGGCUUGGAUCCACGAGGCCGAGCCCGCUUCCGCCGUCUCAAUGGACGCAUACAUGCACGCAGUAGACCAGAUGAAGCAACUGCAGCGUGAAAUCAGGCGCUUCGAGUCGUUGGAGCACGACCUCAAACAAGAACUGUUCCGCGAGAGAAUGGCGCGCGAAGAACUCAUCAGGACCAACAAUGCGGUCCAGGCUCGCAUAUACCAAAACAUGCAGCUCUUGAAGCUGUCCAUGGACGAUCGCGUCGAGGCUGUCGUGGAUAGAACUACGGAGCUCAGCGACCAAAUCAAGUUGCAGGGCGAGCGCUUGACCAUGGUUGACGAGUUUAGCAUGGAGUUGGAAAACAGAGUCGAUCGCAUCGAGCAGUUUGGCGACAUAUCAAGAGGCCAAACACCUGCUCCUGCAACACCCAAAGCACGCCGCGCAACUCCACAGGCGCCGCCAGUGCCACCGCUGCCAGCUUUGAUGCAAGCAAACCAUACUCUUGGCCAACUUCCCAUCCGCAAUGACAAAAAAUACCCCCUGUCGUGGAGCGCCUGUGUCAUCUUUGUGCCUCGUAAGUCGCAAAAGUUCGCCUUCGACCCCGACAGCAAUGCGUAUCGCCGGUGUGCAUCGCGCAAGUUGCACCAAAAUAUUGAAUUUCCCAGCCAGGACAGCUCCUGUUUUGCAAAUCACAUUGAGACUGCCUUCAAGGGCGUCUUCCGAGGAAGACCAUGGAUGCCAAUGACUGGUCACCGGCCCGCAGACGAGCCAUUUGGCCGCAUAGCCCUUACGCUUCUGCCUCCCGAUCUUGUGCAUCGCGCAGUAUGGGAUUUCCCAUUCCUGGAAGAUCAUUGCAUCGCUCAUGACAAGAUGCAAGGAGAUGUUCUCUACAUCACUCUCCAAUACGAGGACGUAACCUGGAACGAGAUACGCUUCCUCCCUCCUGUCACUGGUGCCAACGACACGUGCUGGGAGCACGACGAAGAGCUCGACGGCACCGCCAAAUACAAGAGCUUGGACUCAGAGAUUAUGUACGAUUACCAGGAUCCUCCUCCUACCUAUUCAUCUCGAACUCACUCCAUGGCGACUAGGGCGCCUUCGGGACUGGAUGUCCUUGCUAACUCGGCUGCUAUGCUGAGUCCUAUUGAGCGUAUUCAGACGGCGUCGUCUACUCGCUCGUCCAGGCCGGCUCCUUUGAGCCCCAUCCAGCGUACGCCAACACGUUCGUCGAAUCACUCCACGGCUACUCCUCGCUUUUCAUCUGAGCGGAGUAGCCUUCGCAGCUUUGACAACGAGACUACUGAUGACGAGCACCGCGACAAGAAGCCCAAGCUGCGAAUGAAGCAAAGCAUGCCUCACGUCAGCACUGGCACCCAUGCACAGCAGCCCAUGUAUGUCUCGGGUCGUUCAAAGCGAAAGAUGCCUGUAAGGGAGAAGGGCCCGAAGGAACCGCUACACUUCAAUGUCGCUGGCGUCGCCAAGGGCGGUCUUCACUUUUUACAUCCACGCUCAUCAAAGGGCAAAGAAGUUGCUCAUAAUCCGUAA